ACCCAACCAGUGACACGCAGACAACACGCAGGCAACAGGCAGGCGAACUCAUCUGCACGACUUCUCCCCCGUGGGUGUCCUCCCCGUCCGCGCGGCGCUCCGCCACGUCCCUGUCACAGAGGUCCCCCGGCCUGUCCGCUUCGUCCAAUCAGAGCGCAGGUGGCGCACAGGAGCGAGCGCGCGCGCAGCAGCAGCAGCUCCUCUCUCCCUGCCCGCUCCCUCCUCCGCGCAGUUCCCGGACGCGGAGAUUGAAACCCGACGUGAAGUCUGAUCGGUCGUAGAACAAGUCAAGGGGCUAGAGCAGAACAGCUGAUCCCGUACAAGUCCGAUGGUGUUGGCUGCUGCUGCUGCUGCUGCUGCUGUUGUUGUUGUUGUUGUUGUUGGUGGUGGUGGUGGUGGUGGUGCAGGACGGUUUCCCCGAUGAUUGAAGUGUCGAUUCCAACGAUGGAGAGGGAAGUGGACGAGUCGGCCAAGGCCAAAAAGCUCUUCAGAGUCGAAGUCUUGUUUAAUGAGAGGAAACAUUACGUGCUCAGAAGAAGCAGCGAAUUCCAGACACUGCACAGAAAACUCCGGAAGAUCAUUCCGAUUCCCGACCUCCCGAGCAAGAGGAACCCCCACCUCAGGACCAAACCUCCGGAGCAGAGGAUGCAGGAGCUGGAGGAUUACCUGCAGGACAUCAUCUACCAAAAUGAAGACGUGCCACAGGUGCUGCUGGACUUCCUCCAUGUCAGACACUUUCACACGGGGAACAAGAUCAGCAGCAUGGAAUCACUCGAUGAUCUGGACAGUCGGGAUUACAGUUAUCCGUUACCAAAUCAGCGAGUGUUGGGGUUUUUUCACGAUCCUUAUCGCUCUGACCGCACAUCAGGUCUUCCAGACAUUGUUGUGGACGGGGUUCUUCAGGGAUUUUACCCCCGGGGUGUCCGGGUCAGCUUCACUGCCCCCGCUCUCACUGAGCCUGACCCCACCACCUCUAUAGAGGCCUGAGAUGAACUGUUACAUUUGCGGUCAAAAUGCAUGUGUCAGAGUACACAAUGUACAAAGUACACCAAAUACACAAUGCCAGCAAGAGAGAUAGAUGAAAAGAUUGUUAGCCUGCAACUAUAAAAGAAUAGUUUUUGUGUGUUGGGCUCCAGUGGGACUGAAACCCAUCACCCAGCCUUUGUUGUUGUGAUGUUGAAGUCGGACUCACACAAUAAUGCGAGUCAGUGUUUUCUGUUUUAGCUGUGAAGAUGACACGCAAACCGAUUUUAAUGCAGCCAAAAGCAACUGCAAGUGCGAGUGAAAUGCAUACUUUUGUGAAUUUUACUGUGUGAGAUGUGAGUUUAAUUUUAAAAUGGAAGAUGUGGUCUUACUUGACAUUUAUUGGAGAAAUACGGUUCACUUUUUUAUAAUAUUCUUGUUCACAGUUUUUGUCUGUCUAAGUAACAGAUUGAGAAGUAGGGUGUGACAGAAAAAAACCCCACUUGCAUUUAGUGAGGCAGGACAGUUUUUGUCUCAUGUCAAACAAUCAGUCUUCUACAUGUAACCAUAUGUUUUUGGAGAUGGGGUAUAUGUUUGUUGCUUUCUGAAAUCCUUUUAUUUAUGUUGAAUCUGUAAUAAAGUAUCAAACACAA